GCUGGGUGCACCGCUGAGCCGCCGCACUUCAGAGGGAGACACAGCCAUGUCCACAGCUGUGAGGACGUGUCGGGCUUUGAGGUGCGGCGGUUUCAUCAGCCACUCAUGCGGGAGGCGAUCGAGUUCCCUAUAUCACGGCACGAGAGGGAAACCAAUCCCUCCCUUCCACAAUCGAUCCCCUGGCUCCGUAAAGAGGCUUCAGCUGAAGGAGGAGGAGAGGAAAGAGAGGAGAUGGGGGUGGGGAGGAUGAUCUGUGAGAGAAUGCGGGAGGGUGGGCCUAAGCUCCAGCUGUCCCCGGGUUUAUUGAUCAUUGUGACCAUCCUGACAGGAGAGGAGGAUCACCAACACCUGCAAUGUGCCUGCAGAAAUCAGCCAAUCCGCCACCGCAUGGACGAUGAGGAGGAUGAUGUGUUCGAGCCGGAUCCCCAGUGCUGGCGCACGCCGUUCAGGGAGAUAAAGUGUGAAGACCGGGGCACGCAAACACCCGGUCCGGCCCUGGUGUCCAGCAACGGCAUGCUGCCCUGCGGGGUGGCGGAGGAGCCCAGACCACUGUUCUACGGUAACGCAGGUUUUCGAUUGCACUUCCCAGCACGAUUUGAGCUUGCUGGGGAUCUUGAGGCGAGGCGACCGGAGAGGGCGGAGGAGCAAAGCGGGAUGGAGCGGCCGCCCCGGCAGCAGCCGGUGGCGCGCAGCGUGGAGGCUUGCAUUGGACAGAAACUCCAGCUGAUAGGAGACCAAUUCCACCGGGAACACCUUCAACUGUAUCAUCGAAACCAAAGGAACCGGGGGCCGCUGUGGUGGCGCCUGGCCGCAGCACUACUCAGCCUCCUGUUUGAUAGGGGUCUCGCAGCCGGGGGACGUGGACAGAGGUGAGGGGCAUCCUCCCCUUACACCCCCUCUUCUCAUCUCUGUGAGGAACUGGACUCUUUAUGGCACUGUCAAAUCUAACACGGGUCAGUUUUGGUGGAGAGAAGAAAGAAAAAAAAGGAGACAAAAAAGGUCGCCGCGGGACGGAGACAACCAACUUUUAACAGAAUGUCGUGUGUUUUUCUCUUUCCAAGAAGAUGCCAUGAUUCUCCAAGAUUCCCUCUAAAGGACAAUGUUCAUACUGUGGCAUACAUGUGGUGUAGUAGUUUUGUACAGUACAUUGUUCUCGGUAAAUGUUUUGCACUUCAACACACACCCAUCUAAAAUGACCUCCGCUGACCCUGGGAAUGCCUUAUUCAUUGUCUCGUGCCAGAAGGAGUUUUGAGCAUUUUUGAUGGGCAGGUUGAGAUGGUUAGGAAAUGGAAGGAAAUGUGGUGUGACUGUUUCUUUUCUGAAGCCUCCCAGGUGACCAUUCAAGUUGAUUGACUAACUUCCAAAGAGGCAACGUCUUAGAACAAAUCUUUUUGCACCUCGGCUCAAUGAAACAUUUAUCUUUUCUUCAUGUUUUUUUUUCAAGUUUUGUUUUAAUGACUUAUCCCUUAUUUUCUCGUUUUUUUAAUUACAUUUUAUUCCUUACUCUCUCUCAGAAUGUUGGGAACAAGGUCUAGUUUCAGCACAUGAAAAGUCUGCUCACCGUUGAGUGUUGUUGAAAGAUCUUUUAAUAUGCAGAAGUUUGAAAGGUUCCUGCCUUUAGUCAUGUGCCACAUGUCAAACAUUUGGGACUUUCUGACAUUAUGGGGGGGUGGAGUUUACAAUACUAAAAAUGAUUGCCUGGUCAAACUACUCUGGUGACUGACGACAGAUCUGACGCACGUCAACAAAGGAAGGAGGAAAAAAUGACUAAACGUGUGCAGCUAUCUGCUCUAAUGUGUUACAUGAACAGACAAGACUACUGAGCAGUAACAACCAAUCCAGCAAUGCCUUUGAAUCAGUAGAACAUGCUGGAAUGUGAUUGAAUUAAUUACACAAAUCACUUCAGUUGACAUGUUUGGUUUUGCAAGAACCAGUUUGGACUGUCUCAGUAUCAUUCAGUGUUGCCAUUUUAUUCUUAUCAUAAUAGUGAGGAUUGGAUCCUUGUUGUUGUUAUUGUUCAUAGUUGUUAGUUGUCUUCCUGGGCAGUUUUCAUCCGUCCAGUUAAUAAUGGUUAUCACCUCUAUUUUCUGCCAUGCAGCACACUGAACAGAUAUUUACAGUGAAACCGUGAGGCACUGACAUUUACAGGCAUGCAAAACCAUUACAGAUGUGGCACAAUGUAAUAAAUUGAAGGAACUGAAUCAAGCUCACUGAUAUUUUCAGUAAAUAUAACACCCACCCCCAAAAUAAUCAAAUUUAGCUUGUUUGUAGUUGAAAAAUCAAGGAACAAUGUUUUUCCUAUUAUGGCGCUGUUCCCAAUUUCUGAUACAAGGAUGUUUUUUUUUGUUUUAGAUGUGUUUUUUCAUGUGAUUGUUUUAAGACCUCCAUGCCCUUAAAGUGGAGCUGUGGAUCCACUGUUUUUGCACUAGACUUCCACCCUUCAAGCAUUCAAAUAGCUACCACAAUAGCUAACCUCUGUCGUUUAUGAAGGUUUUCAGUUAUAACUUGUUUUCUUUGCCACCACAUUUCAGAUGUAUGCAAUCACAAGUCGAAGACAAAUAAUCAGUGUUGAGCCCUGACUGUGCCCAGUCUGAAUCCUGCAUUGGACAUGAUUUCUUAAAAAUGUCCCUAACCAGGGUUUGGAGUUUAGGUUAUGUUGGAGCCAUGUGCCUCAGCAGGAAGGUUUUGUGUUUUGCUUUUCACCGCAUGCCAGUUCUGAACACCAAACAAUAUUGCAUAAUCAGGCUGUGAAACAAAAUCUCUUCCUCUCAGGAUACCUUUGUGGGGUUUUACAUCACUUCAUAUUCUGCUGGGUAAUCAUACAUUAUGUUUGGUGCUGAUAUUCAGAUUUGGAACAUUUUAGUUAGCAUAUCCACCUCUGGCUCAACAGGCCCACGGUCUCAAAUAAAAACAAAGACUUUACAAAUAUUAAUAUGUUUAAAGACACUGUUGAAGAUGCUGUUUAAGAUGAUGUUUUGUUUUCUUUGCUUAUCCCAGGCUUUGAACCCAAGGAGCAGUACAUAUCAGGGGUCUGUAAUUACUUGCUCCUUCCAAUGUGUCAAGUUUAUCACUGCAUAAUUGGGAUGCUCUUUCAUUUUUCUCUCAAGAUGUCUCAGGGACAGACUAUGUGGGCUACUGGUAACCUUGAGUAUCUGUUACACAGUAAGUUAAAUGGCAUUGUUUUUCUUUUCUUUUCAUUUAACUAGUCUCUUCUCAGCCAAUUUCUCAGCACACACAAUAUGGUACAGUUUUGACGGGGGAGUCGGAGGCCGGUUUGCUGGCUGUGGUGGUGACGGGGGCUACUGAAGGGCUAUGAAGUCAGAGGUGUGUGAGGGUGCACUGAAUGUGGUUGUGGUAAUAGUUUCCUGCGGAUCCUGAACGCUGAGCCAGUCCCUGUAGCACCCGGUCUCACCAGUGGCUCUAGACUUGGUCUUUGUGCUGCUCCUCCAUUCCACGUUUCUUUUUGUUCAUCAGUUAAUUUCCUUUGUAAUUUAUUUUUUCCUUUUUAUUUAUAUUUUUUGGUGUAGUUACCCAUUUCUACUGUAUACACUUGUGUGUGCAAUCACUUCUUCUUUUGUCUCAGACAGUUUGAUUUCUGAGUCUGAGCAGAGCACCUGGCUCAUCAUUGUGCCUGACAUUGGUUUUUAGAUCUCUCUUAGGCUGUAAAAGACGGGCAGUUUGAUUUGGUGUUACAGUUCAUUUCAGUGGUGGCAACUUUGACUGCUAUCUGCACAUUCUGCACAAAGCCUCUGCUUCCGCAACAGGAAAAACCUUUUACCAUUGAAAUAUAUUGUCCACAACAUGAAUUCAAGAUGACUCCGGCUGCUGCUCUUUCUGAAAAAGAAAUCUGCUAACCACCUCACAUGAGUAAACUUAUGAUACUCAGGGGGAAGAAAAGAGAUUAACGUUGUGCUUUUCCAGGGAUGGACCCGCCUACUUUAGACCCUUUUUAUAUUCUUCUAUCCCCUGGUUCACUAGAUUCACAAUGUAAAGUUCUACAGUCUUUUAAAUGAGGUGUAGCCUUUUAAACGUAUCCCCUAGAAGUAAUGAGUCGUCAACCCAUCCCACUCAUCUCAAAUGAUGCACAUAACACAAGAAAAAAGAUCAAAUCAGGUUGCCCCUUAUAUCCCCCACAAAUCAAAUGACAUUAGUUGUUUUCAGUUACUUUUUCUUAAUCAUUGUAUUGAAAUCAAUAUGCACUGGAAAGUACUUUGUUUUUGUAAAUCCCAUAGGUCUCUUAUCUGUUGUGUGCUCAUGUAUAGUGUAUACUCUGGAUUGUUCUCUUGGGCUACUCUUGCCAUGUGUCAGCCGUAUAUCUGUGCAUUGACCAAGUGGGCUCAGGUAUGAUGGCCUGUUGAUUUAUUGGAAAGGGAAACAAGCCACCACGGUGCCCUUUAUAAUUUUCUUAGUGUGAGGUUCCCAAUCUGCACACAUCACAUUGUAUGUGAGUGCAGAGUCCCAAGAGUGGGAUGUGUAUUUUUAUGGAAACCGUCAGUGUCUUGAAUUUUGUAGUCAACUUUAUAUAAAACUGAAGUUGUUGUGUUCAUUUUUGUUUUCAUUUGGUUGUAUUUCAACAGGAAGAAGGUUCUGAAUUGACUUUUUUUUAAAAAGGACUUUCCUUUGUCAUGGUCUUUCAUAACUUUUUAAAUAGUAUUUUCGUAAGAGAAAGCGCCUGCGUUUUUAAGGACAAUUCAUGCGUGUAAAAUACAUUUUAAUACAAGUAGGAUCAUUUGAAGGCCAUGAGAUCGAGAUUUUUUAACCUUGUAUCAUCAUCAGAUUGACACCACGAUAACACUUGGUUUGGUUAAAGUGGUUCAUGAUCUUAGUUAUGAAAUGCUCGCCCUUCUUCCCCGAGUGGAUAUAAAUUGUACAUUUGUUUUUCAAACCCCGGAAUAUGCCUUGGAAUAUAACUGCUCAGUUUCAAUGAAGUCUUGAUUAUCACACACUCUCUGUAUACCAAGAAAUGAGACCCAGCGAAAAUGUAGCAUUUUUGUAAACAUUGACUGUGUGUUUUCGAGACUCUACUGUGCACUCAUUUUUGUGUUUAUAUAUAUUUUUUGGUUUGUUGAUAUCAUAUGGAAGUAAUGACAAUUUGUUAUGUAGUGCAAUAUGCUGUACAUACAGAGCUUUGCUCUACAAAUCUUUUUUCUGGAUUUCUUGUUGUUUACUGGUACUUUUUUUCAUUAAAAAAAUGGAAUGAA